GGGGCCGGACGCGAUGCCCGCCGACAGAGGCCUCCGGGGGUGCUAGAAAUGGCCCCGUGAGAGAGCUGGAAUUUAAUUUGCAAGAAUAAGUAUGCUCAGGCCACCAACGGUAAUUGGCCAAUUCCACACUCUUUUCUUUGGCUCAGUGCGUAUGUUUUUCCUUGGCGUUUUGGGCUUUGCCGUUUAUGGAAACGAGGCCUUGCAUUUCAGCUGUGACCCAGACAAGAGAGAGGUUAAUCUUUUCUGUUACAACCAGUUCAGGCCUAUAACUCCUCAGGUAUUCUGGGCGUUACAGCUGGUGAUUGUACUGGUACCUGGGGCCUUUUUUCAUCUUUAUGCUGCAUGUAAAAGCAUCAAACAGGAAGAUAACCUCCAAAAGUCAUUCUACACUGGGUUUUAUAUGUUCUCUGUUUUCUUAAGGAUUAUCCUUGAAGCUGUGGCUUUCUGGCUUCAGAUUCAGCUCUUUGGUUUCAAAGUGAACGCAAUCUACAUGUGCGAUAUGGGAGCACUUGAAAAAAAGUUUAACGUUACCCGGUGCAUGGUGCCAGAGCACUUUGAAAAGACAAUUUUUCUUAUUGCAAUGUACACAUUUACUGUGAUUACAGUGUUCUUGUGUGUUGCCGAGAUUUUUGAGAUCACAUGUAGAAGGCUGGGUUUCUUAAAAACUCAGUGAUAUCAAUCACUCCUAGUCAUUUGCCACCUUGUCCACCUGAAGUUUUAUAACAACGAUUUCAAGCUCUAACAAAAAACAUCUCCUGUCGUCUAUGCAGUGUUGCAGAAGAGAACCACACCCAAGAUCACUGUUGCAGAGUAGUCAUCUAUUCCUCAUCUAAAAGCUACCACAUUUCAUGAAUAAUUUUUGUUUGCAUGCCAAGAUCAAAGGCAGUAAGAUUUACGAGAGUAACAUGUCUUCAUGACCUGACACAUACAAUAGUUUUGCCUCCAGAGGAGUGUCUGUGUGUGAGGAGGAGAUUAUUUAUAAACAUAUUUUUAUUCACAGCUUUUCUGAACACAUGCAAUUGGAGCUAAUAAAGUUAUUUACCUUCCAGGAAAAACUAUUGCAAAUUUCUUACAUGUUCUUAUGGCUUGAGAAUAAAGCAGUAAUGUUGGAUAAUCUCUGGGUACCAGAAAGCAUUCAAACAUUUUCCCAAGCAGUGCCACUGCUGCAACCUGUGUCUCAGACCCCAGGAGCAGAGACUCUUGGUUAGGCUGUGGUGACAACAUAUCCAUCGAUACCAGCUUACUUUGCAGAAGUCCUCCUACUGUCAUCUGCUCGCUGUGAAUGUCCUUUUAAAGGUGGAAGAAUGGUAUUCUUUGUGCUGACUGGCAUGCCUUACCCUCACUAUGUUUUGGCUUAAGAUGUAGAGGUUUUCUACCAAUUAUGUUUGAUCACAUUUUGAAGGAGUAAAAGGGGCUUAUGACUUAGUUUUGCAUAAGAGGCUUAAAAAUGUCAAAAGAAAAUCUUGGAGAAAAGCCUUUUCUGGGUCCAAUCAUGCCUUGAUUUCAGUGAGAGUUUUGCUUGUGUGUGACUGCAGAAUAGGGCCCACAGAAUUUUUUGCUGUGUGUGUCACAUCUAAGUUCUUACUGCUCCGACCAAAGUUGCUAGAAUAACAGUUAAAAAGAAGUUGUAUACUGAAAUUAUUCCAUGCAGUAAGUGUGUUUGGAUAGGUUAGAUCUUGAUCUUCAUUUAAGUAUCAGAUGUUUUCAUGUUUCUCCUUAAGGACUAAAACAUCUUAAAUGUAAGGACUGACAACUUAAAAUUAUUUUAUUCCUUGUGCUGAAGUGGAUAAUGGAAAA